CUGAACCUUAACGUAUCUUCCACUUCAUUCAACCCUCACACACACCCUCACACCAAAACUUCUCUCUCUCUCUCUCUCUCUCUCUCUCUCUCUCUCUCUCUCUCUCUCUCUCUCUCUCUCUCUCUCUCUCUCUCUCUCUCAUAAUUCUUAAUUAUCAUCACCAAAUCAAAUUCAAAUCUCAUGUUAACAGAUUAAUUAACAUGUUCAACGAGUUAACAACAGGGAGCUAUAGAAUUCCAUGGUUGAUUUGGAUUCAGUUAAUUGUUCUUAUUCUCCUUUUUGCACUUUUCUAUUUCUUCACUAUCGUUUUCGAUGAUGACGCCGCCACCGUCUCCGCCUUACCAGAAACCUCAUCCGCCUCUACUAAAGGCUUUUUGUUUGAGGAGAUUCAACAGAUUGACAAUGACUCAAUUGCCCCUGUUUCAACUAACCGUCAACACCAGAUUACGCUGGAGAAGAAGCCAAUUAAGCUAUUGAUAAAGCUAUGGAUGCCACAACAAGUUAACCAGAGAAAUGAAGAUAACAUUUUCAACAACGACAUGGAAUCAUGGAUAGAUAACACCAAACAACAACAGCGACGAUGGAAAAUUAUGGAGAGAGGAGUUUGUUGCAGAUGAUGGAUAUGAGCGUGAGAGAAGUGGGACGAGAUUUGCUGACAGCAGGAUUCGAAGAGGAGUCUUUGUGUUGAAUAGAGAAUUACGCCUCCGAGUGUGAUAGAUUUAUCCUAUCAGGUUGCUAACCCAACAAAACUAAGGAUUAAAAUAACAAAGGGACCAACAAGAUAGGAUUAAUAAUAGGUUAAGUUUAUCGUUUCCUAUUGUGCACCAAACAAAGGAUUUAAACAGGAUAUGUUAAUUUUAUACUAUCCUGUCUUCCUAUCCAGCGCACCAAACGGACCCUAAAAAAAUGUGAAAGAUUUCUCAUUUUUUUUCUCUUCUCUUCUCCCCCAAAAGCCCUCCCUUCCAAACUUUCAAAAAGAGCCUAAAAUUUUACUUGGAUGUCACCCAGGGUUCAAUAAAUAAUUAACAUGUUUC